GAAGAUGCUCUGCCUGGCCCUGGUGGUGGUGUUGCUCGGUCUCAGUGCUGCUGCUGCUGGUGCUGACGCUGACGGAGCGGCUCUGACUCCGGCUGCGACCCGCUCCGGUGCUGAGGACGAGUCCGAGUCCGAGUCCGCGCGUCCCGGGCUCGCUUUGGCCCGAUCAGCAGAGCAGCCGACCCCGCCGACUCCGGUCCAGCACCACGACGCGUCUCAGCACCACCACGGCGGAGGGUACAGGAUCGUGCAGUGGGAAUGGAGCUACGUACAGACACCGUACAUCAUAGCCACCUGGCUCCUGCUCGCCAGCGUCGCCAAAAUCUUGUUCCACUUCUCACAGCGCUUCACCACGGUUGUCCCAGAGAGCUGCAUGCUGAUUCUGUUGGGUCUGGUCCUGGGUGGUGUGGUGCUCAUCGCCAGCAAGAAGCAGCUCUACCAGCUGGAUCCGGGCCUCUUCUUCCUCUUCCUGCUCCCCACUAUUGUAGGGGAUGCUGGUUAUUUCAUGCCCGCCCGACUGUUUUUCGACAACCUCGGUGCCAUUCUGAUGUAUGCCGUGGUAGGGACUCUGUGGAACGCUUUCUGUACAGGGUUCUGUCUCUAUGGAGUGAAGCAGGCAGGGGUCAUCGAUGAUAAGGUGGAAGCAGGUCUGAUGGAGUUCCUGCUUUUUGGAGCGCUGAUCUCAGCCGUGGACCCUGUCGCAGUGCUCGCCGUGUUCGAGGAGGUCCACGUUAACGAGAUGCUCUUCAUCAUCGUCUUUGGCGAGUCGCUUGUCAAUGAUGCGGUCACUGUGGUUUUGUAUAAGGUUUAUAUCUCAUUUGUAGAAGUGGGCCCGGGAAACGUCCAAACAGCAGACUACUUCAAAGGUGUCGCCUCCUUCCUUAUAGUCAGCAUCGGAGGGACGCUGGUGGGGCUGAUCUUUGCUGUUAUUCUGGCCUUCAUUACUCGUUUCACCAAGAGGGUGCGCAUCAUCGAGCCGCUGUUCGUCUUCCUGCUGGUGUAUCUGGCCUACCUCACAGCUGAACUCUUCUCUCUCUCAGCUAUUCUCUCAAUGACCUUUUGCGGCAUCGGCUGCAACAAGUACGUGGAGGCCAACAUAUCCCAGAAGUCCCGCACUGCUGUCAAGUACACGAUGAAGACUCUGGCCAGUAUUGCUGAGACCAUCAUCUUCAUUUUCCUUGGCAUUUCAGCUGUAGACAAGUCCAAAUGGGCCUGGGACACUGGCCUGAUCGUGUGUACGCUGAUUUUCAUCUUCGUCUUCAGAGCCAUGGGUGUAGUCGGACAGACCUGGAUCCUGAACAAGUUUCGAUUGGUUCCUCUGGAAAAGAUUGACCAGGUGGUGAUGUCAUACGGUGGCCUGAGAGGUGCAGUAGCAUUUGCCCUGGUGGUGUUGCUGGAUGGGGAGCAUGUGAAGGCGAAGGAUUACUUUGUUGCCACGACCAUCAUCGUGGUUUUCUUCACCGUCAUGUUUCAGGGUCUGACCAUCAAGCCUCUGGUGAAAUGGCUCAAAGUUCCUCGGAGCACUAACAGAAAACCCACCAUUAAUGAAGAGAUCCACGAGCGCGCCUUUGAUCACAUUCUAGCUGCAGUAGAAGACAUCGCUGGUCUAAAUGGUUAUCAUCACUGGAGGGACAAAUGGGAACAGUUCGACAAAAACUAUCUGAGUAAACUGCUGAUGCGCAAAUCUGUGUAUCAUAAAAGUGAGCUGUGGGAGGCGUACCAGAAAAUCAACAUCAGAGACGCUAUCAGUGUGAUUGACCAGGGUGGAAACAUCUUGACCACUGCCAGACUCUCGCUGCCCUCUGUGGCCAGUAGAGCUUCCUUUCCAGAAGUGACCAACGUUACCAACUACCUGAGAGAGAAUGGUAGUGGGGUGUGUCUGGAUCUUCAGGUGAUUGACACAAUCCCUAGUGCAAAGGUCGAGGAGGAAACAGAAACGCAUCACGUACUGGCUGGGAAUCUGUACAAGCCCCGCAGACGGUACCAGUCUCACUACAGUCGCCACUUCAUGUCAGUGGGUGAACAGGAGAGGCAGGACCGGGAGGUGUUCCAGAGAAACAUGCGCAGCCGUCUGGAGUCCUUCAAAUCCACCCAGUACAAACGACACAAGAAGGACCGCAGCCAGAAAAAGCGCAAAGGUUCAGAUGCAAAUGAGCAAGAAACUACCGGGAAGCCCAGGAGAAAUGUCAGCUGGCAAGACAAAGACCCUGUUGUAGUGCCACUGGAGACUGGGGAGGAUAAGGGAGAGCAUUCAGAGCCAGAGAAGGAUGAUGAUGUUGGGAUCACUUUUGUGGCCCACAGGGGUUCAGAGACACCACCCAAAUCAGACUCUGCUGUGUCUGAGGUGUGUCAGAGCCCGUCUGCUGCUCCCCCAUCUCCUACAUGCGGAGAGAAAAACCUGCCGUGGAAGGAAGACGUGGACUCCCUGCCUCCGUGUGUGUCCAGCGAGGCUACUAAAAUCAUCCCCAUAGACCUUCAGGAGGCCUGGAACCAGAGCAUCUCCUCGCUGGAGAGUCUGGCCUCGCCGCCGGUCCUUCAAGAAGCGCAGCACGCACAUGUCAACCCCCUCACCAGACUCGCAGCACCUACACGCCCCCCCACUUCAGCCCAGUUCCACUUCCCGGGAGGCAAAGACGAGGAGGAUGAGAGCGCUCUCUCUCAGCAGCAACGGGAAAUACAGCCUCUCAUGGUAUCCCGGAGGCAGCCGCUACACUCCCUCCCAUCCUCUGCCGCACUGCCUUCUGGGAAGAGACUGAAUCCGUGCGUGUAUCUGAGGAACCUUGUGACGGCGCCACCAUCAAACAAUGUGCCACACAGCAGAAAACCAACACAGCUGUAGUUCAGAGGGUUCUUUCUCUUUUAGUUUGUGUCUUUAUAUUUUUUGCUGCUUUUGGGACCCUCUGUUAAAUCCCGCUGCUGGCUGAGAUGACGGCCUCACGCUGACUUUAUUUCCUACGGACAUAAAUUCCACCUUUUGCGUUUUUUAAAAAGUCAGCAUUGAGGUAAAGGAAAGUUAUGACUCUACAGAUCAGACCUGGAGAAACAACUUGCUGACUAGCAGCACCUUCGCUCUCAGUGCCUGUACAAACAUUGCAGUUCCUCUUACAUGGAAAAAUCAUUCCACUUUUCGUGUUUUUCUUCUUUUUCUCCUUUUUUUCCCCCCCGUGUGCUCCAAAUGCAUGUCUAGGUAUUAGCACAGAAUAUAUCCCACAUUAGCAGGGGCUUUCGGGUGUGUCGCUCAAUCACGACUGUCAUUUAUAAGCCAAACCCAAACUUGGAACGACCUUAGAAAAAUACUUUUAAACUUCAAACUGCAAGAAUGUCCGGUUGCUGUAACUGCUUUGUUGUAUUCUUCCACUUUAGUUGCCUAGUCAUCCAGAAGCAAAACAAAAGCGAGAGAAUAAGGCACAUUCAAUCCAGCCAAACCUCACUGUUAAGAGUCCAAAUUCCACUUUCUGAAUGACUCUUGGCUAAAAAGAGCAGUCCCUUCUCCUCGGGCUCUGCUCAGAGACCCGAAGGAACCAGAGUCACUGCUUUCUUUUGCUCUCGGGCACAAAGCCAGGCAGCUCAAUAAUACUGUCUACACACAUGCACACACUCUCUAUAAUGCACGCUGAUAGGCACUGUGUCUGUAGGUACACAUCAUAAACGCAGUGUGAUCUCUUUUACACAUGAGCAGGACGGCAAUUUAUAGUCAAGAGGGGAUAUAAGAUCUGUGCUUCUAAUCACAGACUCGCUGCUCUGUUUCUAGCUGCUGGAUUGAUCCAUUACUCUUGUUUGCUCUCGAAAAGAUCUCAUCAUAGCAUAUUUUCCAAAUCUGUGUUUAGAUUUUAUUCUGUGUCACAUGUCAGAAUGUAUUAAUUUAACUGUUCACACUUAUGCGAAAUGGUCGAAUUCACCGCGAACAGUUUAAAGGACCAACGUUGAUGUAUGUAGAAAUAAAAAUAAAAAAUCCAAAUGAAUGUCUUGUAUACCCACGCUGUACGUUUACGUGUGUUUAGCCGUGACUACGUCUCUCCCCAUGCUGUUGUGCGUUUUGUACUACUGGAAAUCCACUGUGUAGGGAUCUCAAAUGAAGUGUCUAACAUGAGCAAUUUUAUGUCCUCGCAGUGACGGUAUACAGUACAAAUGUGCAUUGAAAAAGUUCCAAAUAUUUUAUUUAACCCUAUAUAUUUAUUCGAAACGGUGGCGAUCCGGACUGCCAAAGAUUCUUACAGCACAUAUUGAAAAAUAUGAAUAUGAAAUAUUAUCCCUUUAUGCUUAUUAGUAUUAUACUGUAUGCAAAGCUUCUGAUUUGCACCUCGAGCCAUGUACAACCCAGAUUUAUGUCAUAUUUAAGCUGCUCAAUCUCAUUGUGGUUUUUUUUCUUAUUCUUUAGCUCUGUUGUGUGUGUUUUCACUCAUGUUGUGCCUUUAGAAAGAGUCUGGAUCGUGCUUUGUAAGGGGCCUUGAUAUCUGUAGUGCCUGGCAAAAACAGUGCAGAGCAGUAUGUGUUGUGCUGUCUCACUUAACCUUGUCAUGUUUGUCAGAUAUUUAUUCUUAGCACUUUGGGAAUUUUCUUUUUAUUAUUCACACAUACACACACAAAGACGUGCAGUUGUUUUACUGCACAUUCGAAAAUGUUUUCAUACGAUCUGCCUAUUGGGUGUUCUGCUGAAAUUAGACGAAGAGUCUCUGUGCCAAAUGUUAACCUUGGGUAGUGUCCAAGAGUGAAGCUAAUAAAAG